UGUCAACAUGUUCCUAUUCCUAUCCAAUUUUUUUAACAAGUUUUGAUUUCAAGUAAAAAAGGUCUGAUUCUGUUUCAGAAUUUACAAUCAAUUUAUUCUCUUUUUAUGCUAGAAUCGCCUGAAUAGGUUAAUUUUCUAGAAAUAGUAAAAUCUUUUGUUUCUUAAAGUGAAAAAUGAUGGGUGGUUUCGAAGAUGAAAACUGUGCUCAACACUUGUUGUGAUUGAAUCGAACGACGGUUUCGAAUGUUUCAUUUCAAUCGCCAUUACGCUACUUUUUGUAAUGGUUGUACUAGCAAUAAAUUUUAUUUUAUGCGUGAACAAAGUGACCACUUUUUAAAUCACGUAGGAAAACUUCUUUAAAGGUUUGAUGUAUUUAUUUUCAUAAAAAGAAUAAGUUUCUUUCAAUUUUGGCGGGAGUGCUGGCACAUUCUGAGUCCGUCGUAGAAUUACGAUCUGUCAUCUGUCGCCCCCCUGGCCUCGACGUCGCCGUUAUAGCUUUAUUUUUCACUAGUUUUCACCAUUCAAAUUAGCAGUGCAAUAGUGAAAUUCGUGGUGCGCGAUUGAUGUGGACAAACGAUGAUGCGUCGCGAAUAGGCGCAUUGGAAAUGGAUAGCAGAGGAGCUUGCCCAAGUUACGAAGCCGGGUUUGAUGUUUGCGACCCCCUGGGGUCCGUUUUGGAGUGGUCAGGUCGAGGCCCAGCACGGGUACUGCGUAGGCGGUGCCGCAGCGAAGGCAUUGAUCGUUCGCCGUAUGAGGAUGCAACUCUCGAGUCGCAUCGUUCGGCGGAUGGCAUACCACGACAGCGGGUUCUUCCAAAUAAGAGCUACUUCACAUUGAAUAACAUUGUUGAAAGCCGUUCUAACCGCUUCAGACACGAGUGCUCGCUCCCUGCUGCUGAGAACGGUGACUACAUAAUGGCACACGAACUCAACAGGCACCAUGGAUAUCAAUCUGGAAGAUCAAAAUUCGUCAGGACUAGUCCCACCAGACCACUCUUGGUAACAACAUUAUCCAACACAAAAGUAGAUGAUAAUAGAUUGCCAAAAGUUGAAGAGUUACUUGAGAAAGUUGAUCAUGAAAUGAUGGAGGUGCAAGUGGCUAAGCAACCUUUGAAAUCUAUACUCAAUAAUCCAUUACCAAAGUCCCCUCCUCAAGGCAUACUUAAAAAACCUAAGAAUAAGUCUCAUCAUGACUCAAAAGUAAGCAUUGAAGGCCGGCGGCGGCAGAGGGCUUCAAGUGAAUCUGACAAUCUUUACUGCAGCUUCCAUGUUGGUUCCCCUAUACCAGGAUAUGAUAACAGAAUGACAUACCUCUCUAACAAUACAAAGCGUGCAAAAGAUAACUCGGGUACAGGAUACUCCUAUGGUACUGCCAUAGCCUCCCUGAGUAGUCCUCCCAGGUCACGGACCACUAAUCUAAAUGAAGUGAAAAAUGCAAGGUGCUCAUGCAAAGAAGUCAUAGUGACACCAAGGGAUGAAUUUCAUAAUGUACAUGUUUUGAGGACCACUGCUAUCAAUAGUGACACUGUUGGUGAUAUUCCUAAUGGUGAAGUUAUAAUUGCUCGGAAAUCUGAAGCCCUAAUCAGUAGUCAGUAUAAUGGAUUACCUGACUGGCUGUAA